GGAACAACUUUUAACGCACGUGUGUUGUGUAUCGUGAAUUUGAUUUUAUUUAGCAGAUCAAGGACAAAGGUAUAGGAAAACAGUUGUAAACAAACUGACCCAUGAUGCUCAGUGACGGUGAAGCCAAUGAACUGCUGUCAUUUCUCACGCUGGAGACGAGACCUGAUGUCAAAGGUCAUGCUACAGAAUACAUUGUGGGUCUCACGGGAAACCCGGACGGAUGCCGGUACCUGCGGUCCAAACCAGACUUUCUCAAAGCCCUGGUCACUCUAACCAGUGACGCUUCCAUCGCAAUCAUCAAAGACUGUUAUCACGCCCUGAUUAACCUCUCGGCAGAUGAGACCCUUCAUCAGCCUUUGCUCAAGGAGACGAACAUAUUGCCCACCCUGUUGCAGAACUUACUAGACCCGGAGUAUGUGUUGGCAGAUCGUAUCUGCACGAUUCUCAGCAAUCUCACCCGACAUGAGAGAACGUGCCGAGAUGUGUUCAGGGUUCUCCAAGAGCAGAAUAUAGGACUGGCGAAAGUGGUUGAGAUCUUCUGUACAGAAGGUUUUAAUAAGAAAGCAUCGCUGCAUUAUCUGGGACCGCUGCUGUCCAACCUCGCGCAGCUGCCUGAGGCCAGACACUUUAUUCUGGACAAAGAGAGGUGUGUGAUUCAGAGACUUCUGCCGUACACGCAGUAUGAGGAAUCCACCACCAGACGAGGAGGAGUGGUGGGAACGCUCAGAAACUGCUGUUUUGACUAUGCUCAUCAUGAGUGGUUGCUAGGUGAUACAGUGGAUAUUUUACCGCAUCUUUUAUUACCAUUAGCCGGACCUGAAGAACUCUCAGAAGAAGAGAAUGAAGGUUUGCCAGUGGAUUUGCAGUACCUGCCAGAGGACAAAACGAGGGAGGCUGAUCCUGACAUCCGCAAGAUGCUCUUAGAAACCCUGAUGCUGUUUACAGCUACUAAAGUGGGCCGAAAGAUUAUGAAGAGCAAGAAUGUUUAUCCCAUCACGAGGGAGUUUCAUAAAUGGGAGAAGGAUCCGCAUGUGAUCUCGGCCUGUGAGAAACUAGUCCAGGUUUUGAUUGGCGAUGAGCCGGAGGAAGGAAUGGAGAAUCUGAUGGAGGUGGAGAUUCCUCAAGACGUGGAAGAAAAACUGAAGGAGUUGGAUGCCAAGGAGCAGCAGCAAAUAGAAAAUGAAGCUCAGGAAUCUGAGGAGAAGAAUCAGAAUGAAUCUCCAAAGGGCCUGGAGCGAUGAACACAACUAUAGCGCUUCAAUAGACAUUUAACAACAGCACAAAAAUCUGUGUUUCAGUGCUGGACGAAAAUUGCGAAUGGUUUUUUUUGCAUUUGGAUCCACAGGACACAGAUUUCUUCACGUGAUGACACCGCUAAUUGACUGACAGCACAACGAAAAUGUGCACAAUCCCAACAGCUGUGAUGAUAAAGGCAGCAAACAGUAAAAAAUAGGAUCGUUUCACACUUUUAAGAGUCCUCUUUAAAAUCGGUCCAAUAUGGUAAAACAUUUACUAUAGUAAAAUAUGUGAUGUGUAAAUGUUACUUUAUCAGACGCUAAUAAAGAAAUCUUAUUGCCUACAGA